GCAAAUGUGUCCAACAUAACGACCGUCUGACGUGCUUUACGGUUGUCGAAAAUACAAACACGUGUGUGCUGCCUGCGUAUCAACUGUACGGAGAAUACAUCUGCGUCUAUAACCUUAAAAUGGCCAAAAGUCUGCGGAGCAAAUGGAAGCGGAAGAUGCGUGCUGUGAAGAGAGCGAAGAACGCCCCGAAGGAACUGGCUCGGCUGAAGCUAGCCUUGGCCCACGGUGGCACAGGAGAGAUCUCCAUGAAGGACAUUCAGGACAUAGUGACAGUGGUGCCAGCUGGCAAGAUAAAGGAGAAGAAAGUGGAUGUAGACAUGGAGGGAGAGGAAGUCGAUGGUGGAAAGAUGGACAUGGAAAGCAAGCGCAGUAAGAUGACCCAAUUGGACGAGCACGGACAGUACCCAACAUGGAUGAGCCAACGACAGGCCAAGAAACUGAAAGGCAAACGCAUGACAAAGAAAUCGGGAGGAAAGGCCAACAAAAAAAAGAAGGGCAUUGCCUGGUAGCCUGGAGAAAAACCAAAGGACUUCUGACUUAGAACCUGUGACACACAUGAGCCUUGAAUAUCAUGUAUCGGAGAUUGAAUACAUGAUCUUUGUGGACUUGAGUUGCCUUGUGUUCAAGUUAAAUGGUGAUAUGGCAAAUGAUCUAUAUUGUGCAACACAUUGUCUGUAAGCCCAUUGAAUGUAUGAAAGGAAACAGCAGAGUUGUAUUUUUGGGCACAAUGGUAUAGUACUGCAUUGACAUACUUCACUUGAAUGAAAGCCAUGUUUUCUUAUUGCUGUGGUAUACAGAAGAGAAUAUGGUAUAUUCUUUACAUUUUACCCCAAUAAUGUCUGUUGUUGGUAUCUCCAUUCCUGUUUGAUCUGCUCUUCCUGUAGCCUAGUCCAUCAUGGGGCGGCAGGGUAGCCUAGUGGUUAGAGCGUUGGACUAGUAACCGAAAGCUUGCAAGUUCAAAUCCCCGAGCUGACAAGGUACAAAUCUGUCGUUCUGCCCCUGAACAGGCAGUUGACCCACUGUUCCUAGGCCGUCAUUGAAAAUAAGAAUUUGUUCUUAACUGACUUGCCUAGUUAAAUAAAGGUAAAAUAAAAUACAAAGACAUUCAUUAUACAUGUAACAAACUGUCCAUGUAAUCUUCUGGUUGUCAUGUUGGAGUAAAUAAAUGUGUUUCUGUACAUUAAGACA